UCCUGUUUUUCUUCUACACUGCGUGUGGGGACGACAGGUGUCCAGUCCUGUGCUGCCCCUGCCUGUACGGAAUAGCAAUGCAGACUACUCACGCACGAGUUGUUUUUGCACCAAAGAUUGCGCAUCAUUUAUGCCCUACUUUGUGCCAAUAUUUAGUUCAUCCAAAAGAACAACGAAUGUGGAAAGUUCAGAGUAGGUUUGCGCACGAGAAUUACAUUUUUGGUAAGAUAUGUCUUUCACAGGCCGCAGGAGUUGCUGCAUCUGUGGAUCUGGUUUGCGACUUGUCCCGAUACAGUUGCCGUACUUUCCGGAAGUGCGAUUGUUUACGGAAUUCUGAGAGAAAUCACAGAGAAGAGCGCAAAUCCUGCGUUAAAAACACUUUAUUCAGAUGAAAACGUAAAGUUAGAUAGAACACGUUUUCAGUAAUUGAUUUGUUACAUUGUUUGUAUAUGUGGGGCUGUAUUUUUCCGCGGGAAGACGCACUUGUUUCGAAACACGUCGUAGGUCUUCUUUAGCUAAUAAGUUGCAUUGCUAAAUGAAUACAAGCAGCUUUGCCUCAGGUUUGCGUUUUGGGGUCCAAUUUGAAAGUUUAGCAGGAGUGAGUCCUUUCCCAUGAAAUAUGGCGGAGACAAUUGUAGCGUUUCAGUCCCAACUUUCUGGGGUGAUGGAAGCUGUGUUUAAAGCUGCAAUGUUUGAGAUCACUCGUUUGGUGGAGGACACUUUCUUAGAAGAGGUCACCCGCUGCAAAGAACAGGUGAAGACUCUGCAAAGAAAACUCCAGUUGUCUGAGAGUCGAAUGAAGCAAAGAGAGGCAGACGCCAACCAGAGAUGUGCUAACUGCAGGGGCACAAGAGCAGGGCAGCAGGCGUCAAGUGAGCAGACCACAGAAGUGCAGACAGAAUCACUUGUCAAACAAGAAAGUGAAAUGUCCGAAGACGUCAACAGUCCUCAGACACAAGAGGAAGUAAAAGAUGAAGUGAAAAACUCUCCCAAAGCCUCCUUGUCCACAUGUGCCCAAAGUAAAAAACUGAAUAGAGGGAAAAGGUCCUCAGAUCUUCAGGACAUGUCAAAGUUUGCUCUGAAAAGGGACAGCAGUGAUGAUGAACCCAAUAUUCCUGGAUCAAGUGGCCAACUGAGUGACUCUAAAUACACACUCAACUGGGAAGACACCUUUGAACAGAAACAGUCUGAACAAAAUGGUGACACGGAUCAUUCAUCUGACCCUUUGUUUCAAAACCGUUAUGACAUGGACAACAUGAACAACUUGAGCUAUGAAGAUACAAAUGUUACUGGCAUAGACAAUGCCGAUGAUGAUGACCUUGUAUAUAUGGGCCAAUAUGAAGACACAGCAGAUGAACCUCAAACAUGUCAGACAGUUGAAAGAAAAGAAAAUAGCGGGACCUGGUCUUCCCCUAGUGAAGACAUUGACUGUUUACUAAUAAAUGAGGAUGGACACCUGCAAGAUCCAAACAAUAUAAAUUCUGAUUGUGUGGAUUCAGAUCAAAAUGUAAGGGAUGAGCUUAACUGUGUUGGUACUAUGCCUUCAGAUAGAUCAAAUGACAUGCUUGGGGAAACAAAUACCAUCACAGAUAUAUCUCAUAUGAUUGAGAUGUUGCAGCAACAGACUAUGGAAAAUGGACUACAUACAUGUAACUUGUGCCUUGCUACUUUCCCUGACUCUGCUACUCUGAAGGCACACAAGCAGACGCACAAAGAGCCAGAGAAAGGCCUUCCAUAUUUAUGCAACCAACGUCGUAAAACAUUCACUCGCAACUGUAACCUCAAAAGUCAAGGGCCGCAUCUUUGUGGCCACUGUGGUAAGGCAUUUACAUCUUUGUUCAAGUUACAGAAACACAAGUGUGAGCAUAUGGGGGUCAAGCCAUAUAGUUGUGCAGUUUGUGGGAACAAAUUUAGUCGUCUUUGGAAUCUGAAAUUACAUCAGAGAAUACACACACAAGAGAAGCCUCAUCAUUGCUCUAUGUGUGAUAAAAGCUUCACUCGGGCGGAUAUUUUGAAGGUACAUGAGCGAACACACACAGGAGAACGGCCAUACUGCUGCCUUGUUUGUGGACUCAGCUUUAAAAGGCUUGAUCAUCUGAAAUCACAUCAGCGAAAACAUGCGCCCGAUCAGUAAUACUUUAUUAAAGGUGCACUGUGUACAUUUUCUGGUGGAGGAUCUGCCACCUGCUUGUCUGUAUGGAGAAGUUAUUGCUUUGCCGUAAAUUUUCCACUAUAUAGCAGUAAACUCGUCUAUCUUCAUGCAAACAAGCAGCUAGCUAACUUAGCUCAUGCCAGUUUCAUAUAUAUAUAACACUCUGAAUUUAGUUUUACAAAUUUAUCAGUCUGGAAUGGCUCUUGCUGAAUAUGAUCGGGACAGUGCAGACAAAUAUUUUAAUUUGAUUGGUGGAAGUGUCACAACAGUGGAACAAGAACCAAAAAAUCUUUUGCUUCUCUAGUUGAGAGGACAACACAGACAUUUUCCUGUCUGCAAAUGCACAAAGUGCAGACCUUCUGCACAUUUUUCAAAAACAAAAUAGUCAGUAUUUUGGCUAAAAUAAGAUGAAGUGGCCAUGGUUGUUUGUAGUUCGCUUAGGCGCUUCGCCUUUGGGUCCUGCACUAACUUCAGUGCUGCUCUGUCAUUGGUCUUUGGGCUGCUGGAUGAAUUUGAACCUUACAGGGGGAGUACCUCAAGACUGAUUAUCAUGAGUUUGUGGAUUCACAGAUAUUCAGAGAUUAAUAUCAAAUAUCAAAUAAAUUCUUUCUGUGAAAGGUAAGCAAGCUAACACUACCUGGCCAAAAUAACUAUCAGAUAUGUGAAGAAAUGGGUCUACUCAUAGUAAGAAUGCAUUUUUUUCCAAUGUGUUUUUGAGCAAUAAAACACCUAAAAUAAAGUAAAUGCAAGGCAGAUGAGUUUAAUGCGAUACAGUGGCGCAAUGCAAGCAAAUCUCCAUGGAGACAAGCAAAUCCACCACCAGAAAGUGCGCCUUAAUUGUGGGAAGUUUUUUAUAAUUAGUUUUGACUCUAUACAAUACUUUUUCAUGUCUCUAAAUAUUUGAUAUUGUGAUUUUGUUUUAUAAUGCCUGCAUUGUUAUGUUUUUUGUGUUUGGUGUAAUUGAUCUGGCUUUUUAUAUUAUUUCUUUUCAGAGUCAACUUUAUGAAAGAAACUAUUUUAAUCAAAAAUGAAAUAAAAAAUAGAUUUUUG